AUGGCCGAGGCGGCUGGGCAGGAUGCUGCCGGCGGGGAGGGUGCAGCUGCGGCAGGUGGGAGCGCGGGCCCAUCGGGAGCGCAAAAGGUGCUUGCCGGAGUCCUGGUGGCCAUCUCGGCGGCCAUGGGCGCCGCUACGUACCAGGCGCUCAAUCCGGAGAAGCCGGUGCUCGAGGCCGAGGAGGGCGUCGACCCGAGCAACCCGUUCCCGGAGCUCGGCGGGGCGUUUGAUGCCGUGUCGACGGCCGACGGCGCGCCAGUCGUGACCGAGGCCGAUCUGCUGGGCAAGCUCACUCUACUGUACUUUGGCUUUACCCACUGCCCGGACAUCUGUCCCACCGAGCUGACCAAGCUGAGCAAGGCGCUCCGCCGACUGGAGACGGUCGAGCCCGAGCUCGCCCGCCACGUCCAGCUCGUCUUUGCCUCGGUCGAUCCGCCGCGUGACACCCUCGAGCUGAUGCGCAAGUACGUGGCCGGCUUCCACCAGCGGCUGGUCGGCUGGACCGGUUCGGACGAGCAAAUGGCCCGUCUGGCCAAGGCGUACAAGGUCUACGUUCGCGCCCUUUCCGCCGACGAGAUGGCUGCCGACGACUACGUCAUCGACCACUCGAUGUUUACCUACCUGGUCUCGCCCGAGGGCCACGUCGUCGAGCUGUUCGGCGCAGACAACACCCCGGCCCAGAUCGCCGACGCCAUCUUCAAGUGGAAGCCCUCUCUGGCUCUGUGACUGUCACGCGGAAGACCUGCAUGCCGUCGCCGGCCACAACCACGGUCCCGCUCUGCCACUCGACCGCAAUCGCUCCGACGUCGCCGACGUCGGCGCAGUAGCCUGUCACCCACGUCCACUCACUUGGCGCCUCGCGCGGACUCACCUCGAACACUGCCACGCGCUGAUCUGGACCCGACACGACCGCGUACGGCAUGGCCAGCGCCACGCCGGUGAUGGCCGACGCCGCCGCGCCACUGCAUCGCAGCGUCCGCUGGCUCUCGUGCGUCACUUGACACACACUGCCGCCGGCCACCGUCGCAUGCACCAGGCUCGCCACCAGGGCAUGGUCGUCGCCGCCGCUCGCCACCCACCACGCAAGCGUGCCAGCGGCGGCGUCGUCGUACUCUGGCGCCCGUUCCAGCGCCACCGCGUUUGCGCCGGUCGCGUGCGCCGCAAUUGUGACGCCAAGCGUCAGCCCGUCGAUUGUGUCGCGAUCGACGAUAAAGACAGCAAGCUCACCAGAAGUGAGCCCGACAACGGCCAGGCUGCAAGCUGUGCCCGGCACAGCGUCCGACGCCGACGCCAGCGGGCACGAUCCGACAUCGAUCGAGGUCGGCGCGGCCGCGCUCGAGCCGAAUCCGCGUGGGCGCCAGUGAAGGAUGCCAGUGGCAAGCUCAACUCGCGCUAGCGAGACCCGCGAGUUCGAAGCCGCAACGACCAGGCCGAGCCAGCCGCCGUCGUUGCCGAGCUCAUACGCCUCAAGCGCCAUGAUCCGUGACUUGGUCUGGGCCUUGGGCGCGUGAACGUGGACCACACACUCGUACAGCCUAUCGCGUCCGAUCCCGCGCUCGCGCCACACGGUCAGCCCGUCGCCGCCACCGCCAGUCGCC